AAAACCGGAAGUCCUGACAUUUUACUAUUUCAUUUUGCUGCUCGCGUCUGGUUGGACUCGAAGCUGGUGGUUGUUCAGGAGGGAAACUUUACAACCUUUAACUGGAUUUGAACACGUUCAGUUCCUUCAGUGUCAUUAAAAAACAUAGUGUCGCCACAUUGAAAGUUUCAGGAGGCUACCAAUAAUGUCUGGGAUUGCAUUGAGCCGGCUUGCCCAGGAGCGCAAAGCAUGGCGUAAGGACCAUCCAUUUGGAUUUGUUGCUGUACCGACAAAAAAUCCAGAUGGGACCAUGAAUCUCAUGAAUUGGGAAUGUGCUAUUCCUGGCAAGAAAGCGACACCAUGGGAAGGAGGUCUUUUCAAACUCCGCAUGUUAUUCAAGGAUGACUAUCCGUCUUCUCCUCCAAAAUGUAAAUUUGAGCCACCACUUUUUCAUCCAAAUGUAUAUCCUUCAGGCACAGUAUGCCUUUCUAUUUUAGAGGAAGACAAGGACUGGAGACCAGCCAUCACGAUAAAACAGAUCCUACUAGGCAUCCAAGAACUCUUAAAUGAGCCAAAUAUCCAGGAUCCAGCCCAAGCAGAGGCCUACACAAUCUACUGCCAAAACAGAGUAGAAUAUGAAAAAAGAGUUCGAGCACAGGCCAAAAAGUUCUCUCCAUCGUAAGGAACAAGACUUCAGCUGAAGGAAUGGGUUUAACAAGGAUGACCUCUCGCUCAGUCUCUCAAUGAAUGUGCUCCUCUCACAUCGAGACUCACUUAAAGACUUGUAUUUAAACUCCACACAUUCUGUGCCAUCCGCCCUCCCAUUUUUGUUCUUAACUGCCGGUUGGCACAUAAUGCCGGGAGGGAGUGGGUGCUUGGGCGCCUGAUUCUUUCUUUUUAAACAUUGUCUUAUAAGGUGCAAAGGACACAGCUCAGUACCAGUCUCUACUCCAUGAAGCUGGCUGUCAUCAAUGUUCAAGAAAGAAGUGUCUUUGUUAUUCUUUGCCCUCUCUCUUGGGUUCCCUUUUGUUUUCAAUCCACCUAAUGUACAUUUUGCUUAUUUCAUUGUCAGUAUUUCCACUGCUGUAUAAUGACUGGCACUUUUCUACUGUCGUAUCUCACUAGUGUCUCUAGAUGCCUCCAUCUAAUUCUUUCCCAGGUUUUCUACUUGGCAUGCUGUAAUAUAUGGAACUCUGCUGCCUCUAUUUUUUUUGUUUGUUUUCAGAGUUUGCUUUGAAAUAAAUAAAAUGGCCACAUUGACUGAGGCAGGUAGGCUUUCUUCUGUAUCUGGAUGUAAGGUAAAAUGGUGCUUUGUUCAUGUAUGUGUUGGCAUAAAUAAAACUUUUUAUAGAA